UGACACCAUGAGCUACUACGGCGGCUACUAUGGAGGCCUGGGCUAUGGCUAUGGCUCUGGUUAUGGCUGUGGAUGUGGCAGCUUCCGUGGCCUAGGCUAUGGCUAUGGUGGCUGUGGCUGUGGAGGCUAUGGCUAUGGUAGCUAUGGCUAUGGUGGCUAUGGAGGUCUGGGCUAUGGUGGCUAUGGCUGCUGCCGCCCAUCCUGCUGUGGAAGAUAUUCUUCCUAUGGUUUCUACUGAAAAACCAUUUGUUCCUGGCCUUUGAUGGAAUCCUUGUUCCUCUCUACUCUGGGCUAAUUCCACAGCAUUUUCCAUCUGCUCCUGUAGCUGAGUGGCAUGGCAGAGCUACAACAAGAGGGUUCUGGACUUCCUAUAUAAAACAGAAAGCAACGAAGAGCCAGGCACUAAGAAGCAACAGGACCCACCCUUCAGGGAAUAAUGCAGAAUGUCACCUUUCAUGAGGGAGACUCUCCCCACAAUAGCUCAUUUCCAACAAGUUUGCUCUGAUCUUUUACACCAUGGCUGAAAUGCCUGUUUUGUUGUCCUAAUAAACUUUUUUCACUGGCUUAGCAAAACUGUUUUCAUCUCUCCUUGAUCUCAUCGGACUUGCAUUUUAGCUUCACAUCAUGAAGACAUUUCCAAUCUUUUUGAACUAUUCUUGUGUCAUUGCGGGGUUAUUCUAUAACAUCUUUUGAAAUGAAUUGAUAAGUCUCCAA